AUGGCGCACGAAAAUGAUGGCCAGCCAGGCGUUCAGAAAGCGGAAGAUUCGGAGACACCAGAUGUGAUUAAAAUCGUAACGAAGGACAAGUGCGUCUUCCACGUGCCUCGAGAUGUGAUUCAUAUGUCGAAAACAAUCAAGACAAUGAUUAGCGAUCUCGGUGUUGACAGCAGCGACCCGAUUCCGAUUUGUAAUGUUUACGGUAUUAUUAUGAAGAAAGUGCUGGAUUGGUGCACAUACCACAAAGACGACCCACCAUUUGUUGAAGACGAGAACAAAACGAGAACAAUGGAAAUCUGCGCAUGGGAUAGGCAGUUCUUCAACGUCGAUCAGGGAACAAUAUUCGAAUUGAUCUUGGCUGCAAAUUACCUAGACAUCAGAGGUCUGCUUGACGUUGCAUGUCGAGUUGUCGCCAGCAUGAUCAAUGGAAAAACUCCUGAGGAGAUCCGCCGUACCUUCAAUAUCAGAAAUGACUUCACGCCAGAAGAAGAAGCACGUAUUCGUAAGGAGAACGCAUGGGUGGAGGGAUAA